CACAAUGGGGGCGGCGCGGCGCGGCGCGUAGCGGCCGGCGGGGAGGGAGAGGAGGCGGUAAAGGGAAAGACGGGGGGACCGACAUGGUGCAGCGAGCCACGAGGGGAAGGGGCUCCGAGGGGCGGCGGGAGCCCUGCGCCCCCCUGCCCGGCCACGACACGGAGCCCGCCUGGUGCAAAACGCCCAGCGGGCACAUCAAGCGACCGAUGAACGCCUUCAUGGUGUGGUCGCAGAUCGAGCGGCGAAAGAUCAUGGAGCAGUCGCCCGACAUGCACAACGCCGAGAUCUCCAAGCGCCUGGGCAAGCGCUGGAAGCUGCUGAAGGACAGCGAGAAGAUCCCCUUCAUCCGGGAGGCGGAGCGGCUGCGCCUCAAGCACAUGGCCGACUACCCCGACUACAAGUACCGGCCCAGGAAAAAGGGCAAAGUGGGCACCGCCGCCGCCCGCCCGCGCCUCCCGGUGAAGAUCAAACCCUCGGUGCUGGGCCGCGGCCCCGCCGCCCGCCGGCAGCCCCCGGAGCCGCCCCCCGAGCCGGGCACCGCGCAGCGCCCGUCGGAGCCGCCCGCCGAGGAGCGACCCGGCACGGCCACGUGGAACGCGGUGCCCACCGGAGAGCGCGGCCCCGCGGCCGCCGCCGACCCCGAGCCGUGCCCGGAGAGCGACACCCCGUCUCCCGCACCCGCCGGGUCCCCUCCGUCCUCCCUGGGUUCCUCGGACGAGGAGCCGGACGAGGAGCUGCCGGGCGUGAUGCCCCCGCGGGCACCGGGCGGUGCCGCGUGCGGGGCUCUGGACUGGGCCGUCCUGGACAAGGACCUCGAUCUGUUCCCUCGGGGCGCGUCCUCGCACUUCGAGUUCCCGGACUAUUGCACCCCCGAGGUGACGGAGAUGAUCGCAGGGGACUGGCUCAUGUCCAGCAUCUCGGACUUGGUCUUUACCUACUGAGUGCCGCGCUCUGCAGGUAACUCUCUUCUUUUCUCACAAUCAGGUCGCCUCAAAAAAACAAAACAGAAAACAAACGAACAAACCGAAAGCAGCUGUUUACAUGCAGGAAUCAGGUAUUUCGCCUUGAAGCCGCUGGAAGGCAGAGCUCCCUGCUCCCCCCAUCCCCCCGGCACACACCCACUCCUCCUCCAUCCAUCCAUCCCUCCAUCCAUCCAUGGCGGUGCGGGGCUCAGCCCUCCCCUCCUCCUGGCUCCGAUCGCUGUCGUUCUUCUCCCAUUGUGGGGUCCCAUUGUCGGCACCCCCGACCCAACCCCUUCCCCCACACACAGCUCCAUCCCUGCCUCGCGCUGCCCCAUUUUCUCCUCCCUAUCUCUCCCAUCCCUUGGAGAACAGCCGAUCCUUUUUCUCUCCUUUAUUAUCACGACGCUGAUUCUUUUGCUUUUUGGAUCGCAUAGAAAUCACGUCUUCAAUUCUCUCCCGUUCCCCAUAGCAGCCCUUUGGGAGCGCUCCCCUUGGCCAUGCCGUGCCCGAGGCUCUCCAGGCUGGCACAACCCAUCUCAAUCCCUCCCUACCUGCUGCCCUGUGCUGUGGGUUCCCCCCCUUUGGGGUCGGGGUCCCUCAGGACCGAUUCUCUCUUUGCGUUUUCGCCGCGCUCUGCCCGUCAUCACUUGGUUUGGGGCAGAGCGAAGUUGCACACACGUGAUCCGCACGUGGCGCGGGGAUGCUGCGUUCUUCCUCUCUCCAGACAUUGGUGUACAGCCGCCCUGCCUGGCAUUAAUGCCCCAACAUGGGGGUGCAUGGACCUGUGCUCAUCCCCCAUGGAUUAUGGAGCCCGUGUGCUGCAGGAAACCUGCCUUAAGCUCUCGCAUGGAACCACCGCCACCAGCAGCUGAUGCUGGUGGAGAUAUGGGGUGCGGAUGGUGCUCCCAUGCAGCGAUCCUCUGCAGUGCACCCAGCGUUGGCUCUGAGAGCCUGGGCUCCACUGCAGAGCAGCGCUGUGCAGCUCCCCAGCAGGGCAGUUCCUGCUGCAAUGCUCCAGCAGCGUUUGUCUUUGCUUUCCCCAAUGGCUCCUUCCUGCAGCAACCCGCCUCCUGUCUGCCAGCACGUGGUGCCGGCCGGGCAGGGGAUGCGGGGCUCCAUCCCAUGUCCGUGUGGCACAGAUGCAGCCUCUGAGCUCCUCGAUUGGAAUCCGGGCACGAAGGAUCCCCCCCCCCGGCCCUACCUGUGCCAGGGGAGCCGUGCUCCCUCCCUGCUUUAAGGCGGGGGGGUGCUGCUUCCUUCAAUAGCCCCACCCGCACCCAUUGCAAUGGGGCUGGAUGGAGCAGGGCGUGCUCAGCCCCUUUGUCCCCCUCUAUGGGGAGCAAUGUGGGGCUGCCGGCAUCGCCGCAGGGAGCGCCGUGUCCCCAUUGAAGGACACCGAGCGCCCUCCUGCCCCGGUGGCCGCGGGGCUGCGGAGCCACGAGCUCAGCGUUAUCGAUGUGUAGGUGUGUAGAGGUAGCCGUGGUGUGCGUGUGUCUGGUGUUGGUUCCCGACCGUGUUUAGUAGCCCUGGUGCGGGUGCGACCCUGCGAGGCAGGCGGGCACCGCCCACGUGUCCCCAUGUAGAGAGCAUCCCCCCCAUCCCCAUCCCCCAGACCCAUUUCCUUCCGCUCCAACCCAGCAGAAAAGCCAAAUGCCGAGGGGCUCCACGCACAAACCGGGUUUGGGGUUCAUUCAAGGGCUUCCCCGGCGCACAGCUCCCACCCGACACCUCGCUGCCUUCGGGGGGCAUCAGAGCCCCCUACCGCCGCCACGUCCCACGCGGGGAGUCAAACCCCGAACACCGGCACGGCCCGAGGCCGCGGUGCGGGGCCGGAUCCCGGCGAUUCCUCAGGACAGGCUCAGGCUCAGCCCGGCCUCAAGCACAACACCGUGCGCGUGGUCCCCGUCCCCCCCCCCAGCCCAUCGUGGCCCCCUCCCCGUGGAUGUUCUGUGCCGUGUGGUUGUAGUGUGUAGAGCCCCGGUCCGCCCCGCCGAGCCCCCCCAUCCCCUUCCCCCGGUGUGCGAGCGAGUGUGCGUGCGCCAUCCUCAUCGCUAGAGACAAAGCGAAUCGUCGUUAAGAAGCGAAUAAUAAUAAUAAUAAUAAUAAUAAUAAAAUAAACCAAACCUCUCUCAGGAAGAAGCCGCGUUGGCGGCAUCCCAGCGGGACGGAGCUGCCGUGAGCACUCGGGGUUCCUUUGGUUGUGUUGGGGAGGGGUCCUGCAGCUGCUCGUCCUGGGUUGGUGGGGGGGGGUGUCCCACCAUGGCCACCCCGACGGCACGGCCAGGGCCAGUGGUGUGGAAGCUCGGCUUGUGGUUAUCCCAGUGUUGUGACUAUGGAAUAAAGUGUGUUGGUCUGCUC